CAGUCUCUGGCUUCUGUUGCACUAAAUGAGUUUUUUUUUUGAAGUGCCGGAUGCUUCAGCGCUGUUAACUCGCACUAGGACCCGGGGACAGCACGGAGCAGCCGGUCCUUAGAGCCGGCAUGAAGGACAGGAGGCUGGUCUGAGCGCUGGGUCUUGCAGCUCGCUGUUAGUAGGGGCUGAGCUGCCGGCGGGGAUGCACGCUAGGUGUGUUGGUCUUGCGAUAUCAGCCACAGAACUUGAAAACCGGCUGGGGACGAAAGGCGCAGCUUAUUCCUGACAACUUAAACAUCUCCAAAUGUUCAGUGCAUGCCUUGCCUUGUGAUAAGCGUUACGCGAGGAGGAAUUAUAGGUAGCGUUCAAAAAAAGUUUUAAAAAAGUCAUUUUGCGUGCUGCCUCUGUGCUGUCUCCUGAAAACUUUUUUUUUUUAAUCCUGUAUGCGUUUUAAAUUGAAGUAGCCGCCACCCCCCCUCUGCACCCUGGCUAAACCAAUGUAAUUGAUUUUUCGCCCGGAUAUCAUGAAGCAAACGGCCCCGGUUGCGGCGAUGUCGGUGUCCAAGGAGUGUCUGCUGGCGAGGGACAGGCUGGACAGUGAAACGCGAUGCCGGGAGCGGGUGGACGGGGAGCUGGAUCGCUGGCGCACCCGGGAGAGGCUGGAGGCGACGCUGGCGGGGCUGGGAGAGCUGGAGUACCUGCGGCAGAGGCAGGAGCUGCUGGUCAGGAGCGUGUUGGCGCGCCAGGAGAGGGCUGCUUUCGCCGGGGAGGCGACGGCGAGCGGAGCCGCGGAGGACGCCUUCUUGAACUCGGAGGAAAAGCUACUGGAAGAAAAUAUUUUAUUACUAAGAAAGCAGCUGAACUGCCUGCGGAGGAGAGACGCUGGCCUGAUCAGUCAGCUGCAGGAGCUGGACCGCCAGAUCAGCGAUCUCCGGCUGGACUCGGAGAAAGUGUCCAUUGACCACCUGGAAACGGACAGCCGGCCCAGCUCAGGGUUUUAUGAGCUGAGUGAUGGGACUUCGGGGUCCCUUUCCAACUCCUCCAACUCCGUUUUCAGCGAGUGUUUAUCCAGUUGUCGCUCGAGCAGCUGCUUCUGCAACCCUCUGGAUACGUCGCUGGGUGCUGCAGAUGGGCAGCCCAGGCCCGCAGAUGAGCUUGUGGGCUGUGCUGACUGCGAAGGGCGGUGUGAAGACCAGAGCUCUGUGUUGGUCAGAAGAUCCUUUUCUGCUCCUUACUCUCCUUCUGUUGAUGGGACACCCGAAGGUCAAUCCAAGUACCAGUGUGACUUGGUCGCCAGAAAUGGAAGUGAUGUCUACCGGUACCCCAGUCCACUGCACGCGGUGGCUGUGCAAAGCCCCAUGUUCUUUCAGUCCCUUGUCGGCCAUUUCAAAGAGGACGGAAUCCAGUUUAAAGCCAGCGAACCUUCUAACGAGUUUCUGAAACCUGAGCAGGCUCCAGAGCCUCACAACGUCUCCUGGCCAGCGUCGUACCAACCUUCAAACAAGAGAUUAGAUCAUUACAUCUUGGGGCUGCUGCAGAGGAGGGCCCAGCCGGUACGAACCAAUAAGCCAAGGACAAGUAUAAACACAGACCCCGCAAAGAGCAUUUUAAGACAAGGUAGCAUUUGUGUUCGACAGACUGUUGGUGCUGCACAGGGAAAAACUCCUGACCUUAAGGCCAGCAGGCAGGCAUGUUUACAUUCCAGUGCAACAGGCAGUGCUGAUGUCAGUGCAGCGUCUCCCAUGAAGCAGUGGCCGGCGGAAGCUACGAUUGAUCAGCUGGAAAAUGGAAAGAGUCUGGUCCCUAGUGCCUACCAUCAGCACAGCGAACACUUGUCAAACACUAUUGAAAUUCACACCAACAGUCUCUCCAAGAAGAAUACUUCUGUGGCUAAUAAGGGGCUUCCCCUGAGCACUGUGACCAAAGACUGCCAGGAGAUGGGUGCCCCUCACUCCACAUCCUCCCCGAAAGACAGUGGCAAUCGAUAUCUACCCAUGCCAGAUGACCGCAAGGGCUCCCAGUCUCCGAGACAAAGCCUGAAGUCUCCUCCAGCUGUUCCCCCGCCUCUGGAGAAGAGGCCUCCCCUGGAGCUGAGAAGCCUGGGGUCUUCCUCCCAGAGUCAGGAUGAAGGAGGGCGGCUGGUCAGUGCUCAGUAUAUCCCUGCCCAGAGACAGGCUGGGAAGCUCCGGAAAGGGGGCAGGAAUGUAAAAAUCGUGAAAGUGAAGGGCGCCGCGCUGAAGACGAGGGCAAACAUUGAGCCCAUUCCAGAGGUCAGCCAGGAGAAGCCAAGGGUGGUGGCUAAAAAAUGCCGUUUCCCUGAUGACAUUCCAAACCUGCACAAGGCUUCCAAGAAGAGCUCCUCUAAAACGAAAAGGGUGGGGAGCUCCCAUUUGGACAGCAGUCUUGCAGGUAGAUAUCCGGUGUCCACAGGCAAGUCUGCAGCCCCCAGACACCACGGGCAUGGGAGAGAGGUGAUACUGACCAAACCGAAAUACAAGCGCGCUGACUACCGCAGGUACAAAACCAUAGCUGAGGUUCCCUAUGAAGAAGCAAUGAGGAAAGCAAGGAGGAGACAGAAAAGGGAAGUUCUGGGCCAAGUCUCAGCUGUAUAUUUGCCUCCCACUGUGCAGUACGCAAGCCCUUAUUCGUACGUUGGCAGCGAUUCUGAAUAUUCAGCAGAAUGCGCUUCGCUGUUCCACUCCACUGUGUUGGACACCAGUGAAGAUGAGCAGAGCAACUACACCACUAACUGCUUUGGGGACAGUGAGUCUAGUCUGAGUGAGGUGGACUUUGUGGGUGAGAGCACCACUUCCAGUGACUCUGAUGAAAGUGGGGGGCUGGUCUGGCCGCAGUUUGGACAGUCCAUCGGGCCUGUAGUCCCCUCCGAGGUCACCUCGGCGCAGGCCAAGGCCUUUGUGAAGAUCAAGGCAUCCCACAAUCUGAAGAAGAAAAUUCUGCGGUUCCGUUCGGGGUCCCUAAAACUGAUGACAACUGUGUGAAACGUGCAGAUCAGUCUUGGCAGUGGAAUAUCCAGUGCAACUGGCCUGUUUUCACCCACAAAGUGCCUAGGCUGUCAUUUCUGUGCCUGCACCUGAGGAUGCUCAGCCGAAACUUAAUCGGGUGCAAAAAUUAUCCAGCUGCUUCCCAUAAACCUGCACUUUCUAAACCAAUCAUGGAAAAUGGGACACUGCUAAGAAACCAUUAGAUUUGUAUAGCCUCCUCACCUGUUUAUGUAGCCCAUUUUUAUAUUUAUUAUUGAAUAUUUGCAGUAGUGCAUUUGCAUUUCGUAAAUGUAAAACACUGACAACAUUUCUUUUCAUAUUAAAAGAUAUUUAUAACUUAA